UCAUACGUUAAACCCUUUGCUUUAUGUUUAUUCCCUCGCUAUCCAAAAUGGCAGUUGCUUUGGCCGCUGCAGCGCUUUAAGGACUCACGCGGGCAGCACCUGCUGCAGCGCGAGGCGCUCAAUUAUGGCCUCGAUUUAGAGCCGCUGUCGCCGUCGCCGUUGCCGCCGCAGCGCUACGAACAGGACGAACCCGUCCGCGUGCUGACCAAAGAGCUGCACCACACCGAGGCAGGUCGCAUAGUCGCCGCGCCCGGCCAGCAUCUGCAGCUGCCGCACCUGGAACAACACCGCGAGCCCCUCGAGGAGGAGGUGGACAAUGUGCCGCCGCAUAUGCCACACGCACGCUGGGAAACGGCCACGACAGUGACACUGCCGCCCAGCAGCACCUCGAGCAGCAGUCGGGCGAGCAGCAGGGAUGCGGAGGAGGCGCAACAGGACUACGUCUACAGCUGGCAGGUGGGCGAGUGGUCCAAGUGCUCGCAGGAAUGUGGAGCCGACGGCAGCGGACUGCAGCGUCGCACGCUGAGCUGCCGGCGUGUGGCAACAAAGAAGACGACGAUGUCAAAUGCCACCGAUGGCAGCGUCGUCGACAUCGUCGAGAAUUCGCAAUGCCGUAGCCAGGGGCUGGACAUGCCCGACACGUUCCAGAGCUGCGGCAACGAGCCCUGUCCGCACUGGACCAAGGGCGAGUGGACUCUCUGCCAUCAGUCGCGCUGCCAUGGCCGCAACACGGCCGUGCAACGGCGCGAGGUCCACUGCCGGUAUCAGAACGGCAGCGCGGGCACCGCCUGCGAUGAGUACGAGAGGCCGGCGGCACGGCAGGAAUGCUACAACGAGCGCUGCAAGGGCGUCUGGCGUGUGGAGCCCUGGUCUGAGUGCAAUGCGCCCUGCGGUCGUCAGGGCAUCAAAUUCCGCAUUCUGCAGUGCGUCUGGUAUGGCAGCCGUCGACCCGCGGGCAAUGUGUGCAAGCAUCAGCCACGCCCCGCGGUCAUGAAGGUGUGCAAAAGUCCGCCAUGCCAGUCCAAGGUGGGCAAAACUUCGGCUGGCUGUCGUGAUAGUUCUCGCUAUUGUCGCAAUGCCCGCUCAAUGGGCCUCUGUCGACUGCAUCGCUAUAAGGAGAAGUGCUGCGGCUCCUGUCAGCCCCAACUCGAAGAGCUUCAGUAGAUCGGACACAGCUUAGAAGUGGACGAAAAUCAAGCAAGCAAUUACUAUAAGUACAUGGAGAGUACACUCACUGAACGAUAUGAAUAUGAAUGAAUGAGUCAAUGAAUGAAUCAAUGAAUCGCUGAAUCUAUGAAUUAUUGAGUUAUUUAUUUAUUGAAUCAUUGAAUCAAUUCAUUUAUGAGUCACUAAAUCAAUGAAUUACUGAAUCAAUGAGUAAUUAAGUAAUUGAAUCUAUGAGGAAGGAAUCAUGAAUCAAUGAAACUAUGAAUCAAUUAUUCAACGAAUCAAUAACUCCAUGAAUCUAUUAUGACUAAGGAAGAGUGCAAUUUAGUUGACUUCGAUGUGUAAGGCAUAGUUAAAUGUAAUUGGAAGACGCAGAUCAAUUCGAGUAAAAAGAAUGCACAGUAAUUUCGUUGAAAUUUUUGUCUACAUUAAUAAGCAACAAAUACACAGAUGCAUCAACAUACAUAUAUCUACAGAUAAUGAUAAGCAUAUACAUACAUAUA